CUGGUAUACCGGAGAACUCAAAAGCCCAUUUGUAGCUACUAAAACGGACUACACGUCCCAAGCUGCUAAUUGACGUUGUUAUAGUCAUCGUUUUACUCGAUGCGAGAAAAGAGAUGUUGUUAAAUUCUACGAUAGAUACACACUGCUAAUAAAGAAAAACUUUGACUGCUAUUGUAAUGUUUUGACAGCAUGGAGGUAAUCGAGACAAUUGUGAUACAAAGUACUGAAGUAGAAGGAAAGGAAACGGUCGUGUCCAGCGUGGACACCGAUAAAACCAAAGCAGAAUUUAUAUGGACACAGCAGGCUACAUGGCACCUUGUCAACACCAGACUUGAAAUGGACCAGGCUUUUGACCAGCCUGUAUGCAAGAAAAAGAAACUUUGGGAGAUGGUGGCAGAGAAAGUAAAUACCAAACUGAGGGAGUCAGAGGUCACUGAUGUCACUGUGAAGGCGUACGAAUGUGACCUCAAGUGGAGAAACAUGCUGGCCACGUACAGGAAGAACGCUGAGAGGGCCAAGAGGCUGGGGGCGGCCAGCGUCCACUGGGAGUUCUUCAAGACAAUGCACGAGGUCUUGGGUAAGAGCAGAGAGGAGAUCGAAGCCCAGCGAAGAGCCAAGCUCAAUGGCACAAGAGUGGGCAAGGCCAUAGCCAGCAAGAGGUUUACCCCUAUUCUACCUACACCUCCUGCAACAGCUGCUCCCUGCACUGCCCGGCCUCCACAGGACGUCCUACAGUUGUACAUGGAGCUGCAAGAGAGGAAAAUGAACAUGUGGGCCCAGCAGAAAGCCCUGGAGGAGAGGAAGAUAGAGGCUAUUAACAACCUGGCCCAGGCCAUCUCUAGCCUGGCUCAGAAGAACAACACACAGAUGUCAAAGGAUGGACAGUAGGCCACAUGAAGUGGAUCUGAACUUCUGUGUGUGUUGUUUGCUCUUACCAAAAACUUUUAUGAUACUGCACAAGGAAAACAGUUUUUUUUUUUUUUAUAAACGUUUUUUAGAUUGGUCAUGUUGGCACAUGUUUACUGUUACACUGAGUUUUAAGAAUAGGCCAGUCUGAGUUCAGAAAAUGGGACGUAUGAAACACAGACUCACAAACCACACCCUGGCCGGGCAACUUUUGUUUAUUCUGCAAGCAGAUUACAUGCCUCCUCAAAUUUGUCCUUUUCUGUUGAUGCCCUAAUGGAUGUAAUCAUUUCAAUCAACCACUUACUGACUGAUUGUUUGAUGCAAAGUAAGAAAAACUAAAAUAUUACUCACAACUAAGGCAUCCUACCAUCACUGCACUAGUUAUUUAUAAUUUAAAAAAAAUUGUGCUGGCCCCAAAAGU